UUACAUUAAGUAGUCAUUGAAUAUUUUUUAAUCUGACUAUUAUAAAAAGUGUAAAUAAAAAUUAAUAACUAAAUACAAAGACAAAUUCAAUACUAUUCUGUAUAUUUACUGAAUACAAAUUUUGCAUUUACUGACUUCUCCCAUUUGAUAAUUUCUCUGAAACGUUGAAAAGCGAAUUAGUAUUGCCUUUUGAAGCAAUUUGACGCAAUUUCGAAAUCGAUCGAAAAUUGUACAGCUACCGCUAUCUAGAGGUAAACCGCUAAACUCGCAUUAUAGAAAUUUGCUAUUUUCUCUAAAAUUAACAACUUUCACAUUACGUUACACCGAGUAGAAUAUUCUAAGACUUCAAUAGAAAUAAAAAAAUGUCAUAAUGCACUAAAAGUAUUUGAAAGAAGAAAUCAAUGCAAAAUUAUUAAUGUUUAUGAUUUAGUUACAUUAGAUAUCGCUUUCUAAGCAUUUUAAGAUCCAUAAAUUGCAAUAUUUAAAAUUUUUUUGUCUGGCGCUUUUAAUACAAUAUUUUUCUAUUCUUUUAAUCGUAAUACUAAUUCUUUGAUACUAAUAUUUCUAUUUUGCUAAUUCUACCGGUAAUCGCUAGACAGCGAUACAUGUACCAUUUUAGGACGAAUUCAAUUAAUAUUUUUUGGCUAAAUAGAUGUUAAUAUUCUUAAAUUGCUUUGAAACAUUAUGCUAAUUAUCUUUAGAAUGUUUUAAGAGUGUCAAUAAGUCAAGAAAGUCAAUAAAUGCAACAAUUUUCACCUUCGUCUGCUAUUUUUCCUAAUGAAAUCGGCUUUGUACUUGAGAGUGCAAGUUCAGGUUAAAAAAAAAAAACAAAUUAAUAACACGUGCUUAUAUGCUUACAUACAUGUGCUGAAACGUAAGUGACAUUUGGGUAUAACAAGAAAACAUUGUCACGUGUAUUUUCAACUGAAUAUUAUCUGAAAUUAUCGAAUAUAUUCUAAAAUUUUUAUUUAAAAUUAUCAAAAUGAGUUCGAAUAAGGCAAAGUUAUCGAAAAGUAUAUUAGAAAUGAAAUUUAUGAAACGGACUAAAGAAAAAGUAGAAAGAGAACAGUUUCAAGAAGAAGGCGAAGAAUACUUUGGAAAUGAACUAACAAAACGUAUGAAACAAGAAUCUGAGAGGUUCAUCAUUGAACCUAGUUAUGCCUUUUGUGAAAACUUAAUUGAAGGUAGGUUAAGUUUUCAUGGAAUGAACCCAGAAAUAGAAAAACUGAUGGAAGCAGAACAAAACAGUUAUAAUGCUGUAGAAGAAGCAAAAAAAGAAAAAGAUAUUUCAGAUGAACAAAUGGCAGAAAGUUGGAAAGGAAAUGGUAAGAAAAAAAUGAAAAGUAAAUAUAAUUCUAAAUCGUCAUUAAGAAGUAAUAAUGAAUUUGAACCAUUACCAAAAAAACCAAAAUUCUUGAAACCUAAAGACUAAUAUAAGUAAGAAGUAUUUGUAAAUAUACAAUAUAUGUGUGUGCGUGUACAUAUAUAUAUAUAUCAUAGUUUGACAUGAUUAUUUUUAUAUAUGUACAAUUUCUGCUUGUGUAUAUGUUACAUUGAAUGUCAAUGUUAACUUCUAACUAAUACUACAGCAUAGAA